AUGCAAAUGAAUGCAACAUCAUUAUAUAAACGUACAGAAGUUAUUGGAAGAGGGAAAUUUGGGGUUGUUUAUAAGGCACAACAUAAACAAACAAAACAAAUAGUUGCCAUAAAAGUACUUAAUCUUGAUACUGAAGAAGAUGAAGUUAUUGAUGUUCAACAAGAAAUUCAAUUUUUAAGUGAAUUGAAAAAUGUUCCUAAUAUCACUCAUUAUUAUGGUUGUAUUUUAAAUGAUACAAAAUUAUGGAUCAUUAUGGAUUAUUGUGCUGGUGGUUCAUUACGAACAUUAUUAAAAGCAGGGGUAUUAGAAGAAAGAUAUGUUGCCGUGAUUGUCCGUGAAUUAUUGAUUACAUUAUCAGCAGUUCAUAAAUUAGGAGUUAUUCAUCGUGAUUUAAAAGCAGCCAAUGUAUUGAUUUCAAAAGAAGGUAAUGUUCAAUUAUGUGAUUUUGGUGUUGCUGCCAAAAUAACCGCCAAUUCCUCUAAACGUACAACAAUGGCAGGAACUCCCUAUUGGAUGGCACCUGAAGUUAUACGUACUGGAGAUACGUAUAAUAGUAAAGCUGAUAUAUGGUCAUUGGGGAUAACUAUUUAUGAAAUUGCCACGGGUAAUCCACCAUAUUGUGAUAAAGAUGCAUCAUGGGCAAUGCAAUUAAUUUCCAAACUGACUCCACCUAGAUUGGAAGGAAGAGAAUUCUCUCUGGCUUUAAAAGAAUGUAUCGCCUUGUGUCUUGAUGAAAACCCUGAAGAAAGACCUUCAGCUGAUGAUUUAAUGAAAUGUAAGUUAGUUAAAAUUUAUAAAAAUCAUCCUACAUCGAUACUUAAAGAGGUUAUAUCACGAUACUUGUUGUGGAGAGAUAAAAAUUCUUCUCGUGAUUCAGUUUUCAUUAAUUUGGAAAAUGAACAAGAAGACUCUGUUGAUGAUAUUGUUAAUAAAAACCUCGAUGGUGGAUAUCAUAAUCAUAAUCCACAGCAACAGCAACAACAACAACAGCAGCAACACAACCACCAAAGCCAUGACCAAGAUCAUGAUGGACAUAGUAAUCAAAUACAAGUUAAAUGGGAUUUCGAUUCUUUGAGUAGUCGAGAAUAUAUUAUGGAAAAUGAUAUUGAUUUGGAUAAAGUCAAUCAACAAUACAAUAACAAUUUUGAUACCCAACAAGAAAAUACUUAUUCUACUUUACCAACAUUAAAAGCGCCCACUACUAAGAAUAAUACAUUAGCAGCUACAAACAAAAAUUCGAUGACUGCACUGAAAAAUAAUAGCAAGUCUACCACUGAAGUUCCUAAAUCUCUACAAAUGUUGUUUGAAGAUAAUUCAGAGGAACAAGAAGAUUUAGCACCUCCGAAAAGCAAUGUCAGCGUCAUGGAAAGAAUGGAGUCACCGACGAUAGAAAUCCCAGAUAUGGAUAGUCUUUCACAAUUACCAUCAGCAUCAACAACUAAUCAUCCUCAUUUAAACAAACCACCAGCAUUAUAUCAUUCACAGUCUGCAUCUGGAAAUUUGGAAAGUCGAUUUUCUUCGUUAAGUACGUCGCCAAAGGAUAAUGGGAAUGGAAUUAACAAUAAUAAUAGUGGCAUAAGUAGACCAAGAAAGAAAACUAUAUCCAAUACUUCUGGUGGGACCGUUAAUGCUCAAUUUCAACAGGCAUCAUCAGCUGUACCUCAUACACCACCUUAUACUACACCUGCUUCAGUUAGAACCCCAUCUCCUAAACCACCAUCUUCUGUCAACUUAUUAAAUGCCACUAGUAUGAGUAAGACAGGAUCGCCAUCAAAAAUGAAAGCAUUACAAUCAAGUUCAAACCCGUUAUUACAACCAAUAAAUAUGAAACUGGAAAAUAUGAACGCAGCAGUCACAGGUGGUACUGGUAGUCAUCCUCCAAUGCAAGCUCCUCCACAAUUAGUUACACAACAAUCUAUGCCCGUUCUUCCUACGACAACGGCAACAACAUCAUCAUCAUCAUCAACAACAACAGGAGCAACAACCGGUAAUAUGAAAAGUCGACGCAAUAAACCAGGAUUUAUUCAAAUGCCAACACCAUCGAAUACAUUAAUAAAUAACAUGUCAUCACUAACAAAUGAUCACCAAGAUAGUGGGAAUGGGAAUAAUGGUGGAGAUAAUAAUAAUAAUGUUAACCAAUUUGGUAUAAACCCUGCUCAAGCGGCUAGUAUGCCUGUUUCAAUGACACCUGUCACUGAAAAGGAUCAUUCACAAUUAUUUCCAAACACUAAUAAUGAUGAAUCUUCAGAAAAGACUAAUAGUAGUAGAUCUCAUCAGAAUAGUUUACUGUCACAAAAGAAAUCACUUACUAGUUUAUCAAGUCAUAAUUUAUCUAGUUUGGGAUUUUCAAAUGGUAAUAAUAAUCCUACUACUGCUCCACCUCCUCCACCUCCUACUAUGUUUGCAAAUAGAGGAAGUUCCAAUAGUAUUCUGCAACUGCAAGUUAAUUUCAGUCUAAAUGGUGGUGGAGGAACUACAUCAAAUGGUAAUAAUAAUGGUAUUCAAACUUCAGGUGGAUUUCCAGUUAUACCCAAUAUUAACGGUGAUGUAUUUUCCGAUACAGUUGCUAAACAGAAAUUAGUUAAUGAAUUAGAUGUGAUGAUUACACUUUUCAAUCAAGGAUUAGAGGUUCUUGAAGAAAUUUUAUAG